AUUCGCGAAGGUUCCUGAAACGCCGCUGAUCGUUUCCGGAAGCCGGCAGUCGCCUUGGUCGUCAGACUAGGGCUAGCUACACGGGAGUGGCCACGGCAUCCUCUUGCCAUUCCCGGCGUUUGGGCCUUGCUUGUGACAGUGGGAAGAGAAAAUGUCCUUGCUGUGCUACAACCGGGGCUGCGGUCAGCGCUUUGAUCCUGAAACCAAUUCCGAUGAGGCUUGCACAUACCACCCAGGUGUUCCAGUCUUUCAUGAUGCCUUAAAGGGUUGGUCGUGCUGUAAGAGAAGAACAACUGAUUUUUCUGAUUUCUUAAGUAUUGUUGGCUGUACAAAAGGUAGACAUAAUAGUGAGAAGCCACCUGAGCCAGUCAAACCUGAAGUCAAGACUACUGAGAAGAAGGAACUAUCUGAUUUGAAACCGAAAUUUCGGGAACACAUCAUUCAAGCCCCUAAGCCAGUAGAAGCUAUAAAAAGGCCAAGCCCAGAUGAACCAAUGACAAAUUUGGAAUUAAAAAUAUCUGCCUCCCUAAAACAAGCACUUGAUAAACUUAAACUGUCUUCAGGGAAUGAAGAAGAUAAGAAAGAAGACAAUGAUGAAAUUAAGAUUGGGACUUCAUGUAAGAAUGGAGGGUGUUCAAAGACAUAUCGGGGUCUAGAGAGUCUAGAAGAAGUCUGUGUAUAUCAUUCUGGAGUACCUAUUUUCCAUGAGGGGAUGAAAUACUGGAGCUGUUGUAGAAGAAAAACUUCUGAUUUUAAUACAUUCUUAGCCCAAGAGGGCUGUACAACAGGGAAACACAUGUGGACUAAAAAGGAUGCUGGGAAGAAAGUUGUUCCAUGUAGACAUGACUGGCAUCAGACUGGAGGUGAAGUUACCAUUUCAGUAUAUGCUAAAAAUUCACUUCCAGAACUUAGUCGAGUAGAAGCAAAUAGCACAUUGUUAAAUGUGCACAUUGUAUUUGAAGGAGAGAAGGAAUUUGAUCAAAAUGUGAAAUUAUGGGGUGUGAUUGAUGUAAAGCGAAGUUAUGUAACUAUGACUGCAACAAAGAUUGAGAUCACUAUGAGAAAAGCUGAACCGAUGCAGUGGGCAAGCCUUGAACUGCCUGCAGCGAAAAAGCAGGAAAAACAAAAAGACGACACAACCGAUUGAGUGGGAGAUGGGAGGAAGGCUAUUACAUAUUUCAGAAUUCUUAAUACUGUGUGAAGUGGUGGCUUGCUGCUGUAAUCUUUUGUUGUUGUGUUACUGAAUCUGGCAUUUCAGGGUUAACAUUAGGUUCUUAAAAGCCAAAGUUAGUCUGUCUUUUUGUGCCUCUCAUCUUUCUUUUGUAUAAUUUAAGAUUGAUUAUUCGUUUCUCCUUAAUGGUAGGAACCACAGUUGUGUCCUAUACUUGAUGAGGCUGGAAAAUAGCCCAUAACCAUACUUACAGUAUUUUUUUUUAUUUCUUUGUUAAGCAGAGAAAUAUUAAGGAACAUGUUUUUACAUCUUUCUAUUUCAUAAUUAGUAAAGCAAGAUGAAAUGUCAAAUUUAGUCAGUUUUUUUCAUGGAUUUGUGUUUUUACAGUACUUGAAAAUAUUUAAGGAAGAGAUGAUGCUCUGCAGUUUUUUUCUAUGUGGGAAUGAUUAAGGAGGAUUAAAUCUGGGAUAGUGUAGUAAGUAAAGGGGAAUAUAUGAAUAGUUUAACAAAUUAGAAUUUGUUUACAACUACAUGAAUUUUUAAAUUACAUCAAAACUUACAUUACUUGCCAAGCAGUAUGAUGUAAGAGUACAGGAAACAUAAAUAAGAAUACAGGGGUAUCAAUCUGGUUAAAAUUCACCAUUGUAUAACACUAAGCAAUAAUCUUAAAAACCUCUUUCCUGAAUAUUUAAAUGUGUUUGUAUGGUGUUAUGACUAAAUUGUUACUGAUUUAUAGAGUAAACCCUCCUAAAACCUUUAGUUAAAUAUAAAAAGAAAUUAUAUAUAUCUGUCUCCCUGAUGGAAAACUAUAUAAAAUUGUAGACUUAAGAAGUUUGUGAAAAUGCGUUAGGAUAUCAGAAAACUAAAUAUAUGGACUUAUUUUAUGACUGUCUAUUACAUGUUAAAUAAAAUAGCUAAAUUCUUUUGGAAUUUUUUUUUUUAAAUAAUUCAUGAAGAGCUUCACAAUUCUAGUGAUACAAUGUGAUUAUAUAUUGUACUUUAUAUUAAAUAUAGGUAACACAGAAUUAGAUUUGUUUGGAUAGGUUUUGAGGCAGUGCAGAGCUCAAGAAGAAAAAUUAGGAAAUACUACGAAUGCCAGAAGUCUGGAAGAACUUAGAAAGUUUGGAAAUAAAUUAAACUUAUAUAGAUUUAACAUGAAAAUAAAAGGGGUUUAUUUCCCAAACCCCUCAAGUC